AUGGCUAGGGUUAGCUCAAGACCCUCCUACUUGGACAAGGUUCUGUAUCCAGGAGGGAAAGGGAAAAAUAUUAAUGGCACAAAAAUUGACUGAUGAUAAAAAAAGGAAAUUUUACAGGAUUCGGACGGGGAUAACCUGAUGCCUCCCCCAGAUAACUGGAUAACGACUCGCCCGCCGCCCAGUGUUCCACCAGGACCAGAGGCCGCCUUGAUGCCCGAUCCAGGGCCAGGUGAAGUUCCGGCACCAGCCAAUGCUCCUCCGCCAGCUCUUCCGGAGUUCAUAGAGCCGCCGUUUCGACAAGCUCCAGUCCCAGUAAUGGAGACCUCCGGUCAACGCCCCCAGAAUUCCACCUCAGCUGGACCUCUAGAUUGUAUCCACCUCUCCCGCCACAAUUAUACAUCAAAAGAGAAACAUGAUGAUGCAACAGUUUGCCCAGACCUGUGUAACUGAUUCACAGAAGUAAACAGAAGGUGUAAUUACAGCUGAAAGGCAGCAACUUCUGCAGGGAGAAGAAAAAAAGGAAAAUGUUCUUAAUAAAAUACUCUUGCCUUUA